CGUCCGCGCUCGGAGGUUUAUAUGUCCUCCAUCUCUUUCUCUUUCGUCGGGAAUGCUCCUCCUCCGAACUCCUCAUCAUGAAGCAGGUCUCUACCGCGUCAGGCUCGACCAGCUCGGGCGCGUCGUCCGCACCUCCUCCUGCUAGUCAUGGUCUACGAUCUCAGCUCGGCCACCUCCUCCCAAGACACGCUCUCUUCCAGGUUCAUGUUCACAUCGAGCAGCUUUCGAAUGUUCCUUUGAUGUCUGGCGAGUUCGGCGUACGAUGGAAGUUCAAGAACGCUCAGUCGGGCUCGGGACUCCUGUCGAAGAUGAAGGGUCACAGGACAUGGUCGGGGCAGAGCAAGGGGAAGGGAGGGGCGGGCGAGCACGACCCAGCGACAGUUGAAGACGGGGAGAUGGACGAAGAAGACGAGGUCGACGACUACAGCGCGCACGGCACGGACGACGCCUCGCACUACUUCGAUGCGCCCAGGAGCCCGCUGGACCUCGACGACCCACACGCGUUCGAAUCAUCAAGGCCGCCCGUAACCCCUACGCCCAUCAUCAACGGCCACACGCAGUCGAGCACAUCGUUGCAGCUGCGGUCGGAGGCCCGCGGCAUGACUCCGUGGGAGAAGCUGCAGAGCUACAACGUGAAAUGGGACCACUCCGUAAAUGUGGUGGUCCAGAUGGACGUCCAUCGUGAAACGGGCGACCUCCUCCCCAAUGAGCUGAAGCUCGUCGUUAUGCAACGCGUUAUCCCGGGAGACCCAGACUCUCCCCAGCAACCCCGAAUUGGAGCGGUAUACUUGAACCUUGCGGAAUACGCAGAUGCCGGAAAGGUCACACGACGGUAUCUUCUUCGGCAAAGCAAGACGAACGCGACGCUCAAGCUCUCAAUCGAAUUGGAGCACAUAGGCGGCGAAAAGCACUACAAGGCGCCACCGCUGCGCAAAGGCGAGAUUCUUGCGUCCGUCUCGGGACUAUUGAACAACAAUGGCCUGUUCAAUACGCGGUUCGCUCGCGAGCUGGACUUGUACGUCGGCGGCGACAAGGCAGAGGAGGACGGCUCGUUCCCUUACGCCGACAAGAACGGGCACGUGCAGCCUGAUUCACUAGCCACUUCGUUCGGGCUCCGUACGACAGAACAUCUCAUCGAAGCCCUGUUCAAUCCUGUCCCUAGCGAGUCAGCAGAUUCGUCUCCGUUCACCUACUACGCCCCGCCACAUCCAGACCCACCCCGUCGUCAGGACUCAGUGACGGACUCCCUUGACGGCUCUACCGGUCGACGGUCUGUCGACAGCAGCACCGGAAGCGCAAGUUACAUAGCGACGCCGAGCGAGCACUCCAGCAGUGCAGGAUUCGACUACUCCUCCGGUGCAACCACAGUCGGUGCGCCAGGCUCGGACUCGCAGCGCCAUUGGUGGCAAAAGAUUCGGAGCAGACCGACAACACCCGCGCGGACCACCUUCCGACCGACGACGCCUGCCCCGCCUAUGCCUGUCCGCCAAUAACACCCCCUUUCCCCCUCCCAUGUCCAUGCCACGCCCCCUCAUGUCCAUACACCACCCACCAAGAAGCUCUCCCUACGACCCACCGCCUCCCAUCCUUCCGCUUACACUGUUCAUGACUCUCACGACAUACCCCGCCCUGCCCGCCCGCGCUCCCGUUCGCUUCGCUUUCUCUUGGCUAAUGCUUCUUUCC